AUGGUCACUGUCUUUCCUGCCGACUGGCCAUUCCUCAGUUCUGAGGGUCUUAGGUUUCCUGAGGUCAAUGCAGAAAACUGGAUGUAUUUCCAGAAGAGGAAACCCUGCAGAUCUAUGAGCAGCCCCCAAGACAGCUUAUGUGCUGUCAUGGAGCACACUGAGCUGUCCCCAUCCCUGGCCAAGGGAACCAAUGAGCACCUGGAGGCUACUUUCCAGCACAAGUGUUUGGCCUUCCUGUCAGGGCUGCCUGGGGCUCUCUCGCCACCCCUGGUCCCAGCAAUGAUUGAUGCAGAGAUGAUGCCCAAGUCUGGUGAAAUCACAGCAGAGCCUCUGACUGAGACGGUCUCCCGGGAAGAACCAGACAGAAAAUGGGUUCACCUUAAAGACCUGGUGAUAAAUGAAUUAAAGGCAGUACAGCAGAGCCAGAAGUCCAGAAGGUCUGUCCCUGCCCACUGGCUCUCCAAGAUCUCAGAGCCCAGUGGAGACCUGACCAAUGCCCAGGUGGUGUGUGUGCAGGAGGAAGCCAGAAUGAACAGCCCCAGUCUGGAGAAGGUCUGGUACCCUGAGUCCCAAGGCCCUGGCAAGAGCAAGGACUCAACCCAAGUCCCCACACUGCUGGCAAACAAUCAUGAAAAUGCCAAACCAGCAGGGGACCAUGGAGAACAGUUACAUCAUGUAAAUAUUUGCAAGCCCAAGAUUCACUGGAUCCUGUCUCACAGAGGCAGAUCUCAGCGUGCCCAGUGCGCCGUGCAGUAUGAGUUCUGUGUCACAGCCCAGUCUCCUGGGGUCCUGGACAAUUCCUGGUCAGGAAAAUUCAUCUCAGACCUCACCAGGGAACUACUCUUCUUCCCAGAUCAUGUACAAACACCACGAGACUUCCACCUCCAGAAGAGGCUGAGUUACCCUCACUGGGGCCUGCCCAUCCUGUCCAUCCAGCACUUCCUGUCCCCUGCUGGUCUGCAGCCCCUACCUGGGGACUGCACAACCUUGGAGAGGGGGACUCUCCCACCACCUGCAGUCCCAGAAGUCAAUGGGGCUAUUGAUCAGUUGUCACCCACCCCUGGGUUACUCCCCAGGCCACACCUGCUCACCCAGGUCCACACUGUGCUGCAGAGUUACAGAGACUCUACAUGUUGGCUGACCCACCGGUGCCCUGUCUCUGACCAUGACUCUCUCUCCCGGGACUGCAAAGUUCCUGCCAGCCUGGCAGUGGAUGCCUAUAAAUCCAUCCCAGGAAACCAGUCUCUAGAGCCAGACCAACAUCAGAAAGCUGUGACCUGGAUGCCAGCGGCCGUUGAUCAGUACCAACACAUCUCACCAGGUGCUGUCAUGGAGCACACUGAGCUGUCCCCAUCCCUGGCCGAGGGAACCAAUGAGCACCUGGAGGCUACUUUCCAGCACAAGUGUUUGGCCUUCCUGUCAGGGCUGCCUGGGGCUCUCUCUCCACCCCUGGUCCCAGCAAUGAUUAAUGCAGAGAUGAUGCCCGAUUCUGGUGAAACCACAGCAGAGCCUCUGACUGAGACGGUCUCCCGGGAAGAACUAGGAGGAAGUCUGGAGCCGGCCUUGCAAGAGGACAAGAAGACUGGGGCACAGGGGCAGGAAAAAGUGGCGCUAACACCUCUAGGAAGUCUGACAGAUACUGACGUUCCACACUCAGACAAGGCAGCUGUCAUCACCAAACUCAAUUUUUAUUUGAAAAAAUUCAUUUUAGAAAAGCAGUUGGGCAUUCCCGUAAAAGUAAGGGAAUCCAGGGACCUACAUGUAACAGCCCAACAGCAUAAAACAACUCAGGAGGCUUUAGGGAGUCUAAACAGCUGCAGAAGACCACCCCUGCAUAAAAUCCCCUUCCCACCAGACACUCCAUAUGCCCCACCUCCAGAAUGGGUUCACCUUAAAGACCUGGUGAUAAAUGAAUUAAAGGCAGUACAGCAGAGCCAGAAGUCCAGAAGGUCUGUCCCUGUCCACUGGCUCUCCAAGAUCUCAGAGCCCAGUGGAGACCUGACCAAUGCCCAGGUGGUGUGUGUGCAGGAGGAAGCCAGAAUGAACAGCCCCAGCCUGGAGAAGGUCUGGUACCCUGAGUCUCAAGGCCCUGGCAAGAGCAAGGACUCAGCCCAAGUCCCCACACUGCUGGCAAGCAAUCAUGAAAAUGCCAAACCAGCAGGGGACCAUGGAGAACAGGAUGCAAAAUCCAGGCUCCGGUCAGUCAUAGCUGAAGACCAGAGGCCAGCAGAGACACCUGUGGACAGGACACCCCGAGCUCUCAGGAAGAGGAACCAGAGCUUUGACCUUGCUGCCUGCUGUCAGCAGACUCCCAAUGACUCCCAGCAGCGAAAGCUCCCAGAGCAUGGCCAUAACCCUAAGCUAGGAGGGCCUUCUGGGACAGUGCAGGCUGCGGUGCCCCAGACUUCACAAGGACAGCCUUUAAUGGGUCCAGUUACACCAUGCAAAUAUUUGCAGGCCCAAGAUUCACUGGAUCCUGUCUCACAGAGGCAGGCUCCUAUUUGCCCAGCCCUGCAUGAACUCAUGAUACUGACCAAGUCCCAUGCCAAAGAGUUAGGGGGCAGUGAGAUGAGCUGCACCAAGCCCUCAGGGUUCCGAGUUCUCAGCAAAGUCAAGAGCUGA